UCUCGCGAUGGUUUUUGUUUUCAUUGAGUUUGAAACAUGGCGUCCGAAGGAGAGGCGGGUAGCGCCGCUACAACUGAACCAGAGACCGGAGACGGGGAUGCUGCAUUUGGGGAGCUACCCAUCAGCAUGGACACUGAAUCUUCAAAUGGCAAAGAGGGGAUGGAGACAGCCGGUGAAGGCUCAGAGGCUGCUGAUGCUCUGACUGGAUCAGGAGAUGAGGAGAGUGGGAGGCAGCUCGGGGAGGUGGAGCUGCAGUGUGCCUUGUGCAUGAAGUGGUUCACUGCAGACACGUUUGGCAUCGACACUGCGACCUGUCUUCCCUUUAUGACCAAUUAUGUGUUUCACUGCAAUGUGUGCCAUCACAGUGGUAACACAUACUUCCUAAGGAAACAAGCAAACCUGAAGGAGAUGUGUCUCACAGCCCUGGCAAACUUGACAUGGAGAUCCAGAACGCAAGACGAGCACCCAAAGACCAUGUUCUCCAAAGACAAGGAUAUCAUACCAUUCAUUGACAAGUACUGGGAGUGCAUGACGACUCGUCAGAGACCAGGGAAGCUCACAUGGCCCAACAACAUAGUGAAAACCAUGAGUAAAGAGCGAGAUGUUUUUCUGGUGAAGGAACACCCUGACCCCGGCAGUAAAGACCCAGAGGAGGAGUACCCCAAGUUUGGCCUGUUGGACCAGGACCUGGGAAACAUUGGACCCUCGUAUGACACACAGAAACAGACCACUGCUACCCCGACGGCUGGUGGGCUCAACGGUGGAUCUGCUUUCUCAGGUGCUUUGGCCCCAGGCCCAGGAAAAGGAAGAGGAGCCAAACGUAAGCAGCAGCAGCAGCAGGAAGGCACAGCUGCAGGGGCAACAAAGAGAACCCGCAGUGACCCUCUGUUCUCGGCCCAGCGCCUGCCUCCUCAUGGUUACCCACUGGAGCACCCCUUUAAUAAAGACGGGUACCGUUACAUCCUGGCGGAGCCGGACCCUCACGCCCCAGACCCGGAGAAGCUUGAGCUGGACUGCUGGGCUGGCAAACCCAUACCCGGCGAUCUGUACAGGGCCUGUCUGUACGAGCGGGUGCUGCUGGCCUUACAUGACAGAGCGCCUCAGCUGAAGAUCUCUGACGACCGUCUGACGGUGACGGGGGAGAAGGGUUACUCCAUGGUGCGAGCGUCCCACGGCAUUCGCAAAGGCUCCUGGUACUUUGAGGUUACGGUUGAUGACAUGCCUCCGGAGACCGCGGCCCGGCUCGGCUGGUCUCAGCCACUCGGUAACCUGCAGGCACCUCUGGGCUACGACAAGUUCAGCUACUCGUGGCGCAGUAAGAAGGGCACACGGUUUCACCAGUCCAUAGGGAAGCAUUAUUCCUCAGGCUAUGGCCAGGGAGACACACUGGGCUUCUUCAUAGAGCUGCCUGAUGGCACAGAGACAGCCAAGGCUCUGCCGGAUACUUACAAAGACAAGGCGCUGAUUAAGUUCAAGAGCUACCUGUACUUCGAGGAGAAAGACUAUGUGGACAAAGCUGAGAAAAGCCUCAAGUCAACGAGCCCCAGCAGGAUGGUAUUUUAUAAAAACGGAGUGAGCCAAGGUGUUGCCUUUGAAAACCUGUUUGAAGGCAUCUACUUCCCUGCCAUCUCACUGUACAAGAGCUGCACGGUUUCAGUCAAUUUUGGGCCACAUUUCAAACACCCUCCGAAGGACGUCAAGUACCAGCCGAUGAGUGACAUGGGCUGGGGAGCCGUGAUCGAGCACACGCUGGCUGACAUGCUGUACCACGUGGAGACGGACGUGGACGGGCGACGCAGCCCUCCGUGGGAGGGAUGAGCUCGGCCUGAAUUCAGUACGCACACUCGCCCAGUGAAAACACUGAUCCUCCUUCAGACCGUGAAAUUAAAGCACCACACGCUGCAGAAAACUAACGGCUGAUAAAGUCGUGGCUGAUUUCAUCUCUCGUGAUGUUUGUACCUGCAGACAGGAGGUUAAAGCCAAGCUUUUAACGGAUGGCUGCGUAUCAUCGUGUGUAAGUGCCAUCAGCAGACAUUCCACCUCAACAUUUAACAACCGAAUCAACUUAUUCUUGGUGCUCCGCUUUCAAAUCUGUAUAUUUUGAAUCUGUAGAGAAACCGAACUGGAUGCCAGUUGAGUUCAGCCUCUGAUGUUCGGCGUUUAGUUGCAGCCAAACAGUCCCACGUUGUCUCCAUCGCUCCACAGACAGGAGCUGAUUCUGCACUCGUUCUUUAGUGUGUUCUGUCUUUUUGCUAAUUUUAUUUGUUUUUCAGUGUGUGUCAGUUGUUCACUGUUUUUUACUCUGGGUUAAAUAAAAAAUACGACAUGGACCAAGUCGAACUCAUUCAUGAAAUCUGGAUUUCACACAGAGACUCGUGAGUUUGACAUCAGGUCCUUAUUAAUUUAC